GGACUCCGAGCCUAUGUGGAGUGGUGAGUUUAGAGACCAUCAGGUAUUUUUUAAAGGCCUCAGGUGAUCAUGGAGUUUUGCAAAUUUAUUUUUUGGGUCGGGGGGGCUGGCUGGCUGGCGGAUGUCCACGAGGUUACAUUUUAUUCACGUGAAACAAGGUUGUGUCUGAACAUGAGGAAGAGUGGCACAGACUCGUGGGCGGAGCAGCUCACUUCGCAGCAGUAGUUGUGUGAGCGGUGGUUUGUGCAGGAGGCAGCAGAUGCACCGUCCACUCUAAGUCUGCUAAGAAGCCACUAGUCCAAUUAACCAGGAGGAGGAGGAGGGGGAAAUCCAUGAAGCCUGGUAGAGCAACUCGACGAUGGACAUGACUCCGGUGUGUGAUGAAGAGCAGCAGCAGCAACAACAGCAGCCAUCAGGAAGCGGCAGGAGAGUGAGCGGUGCGGCGCUGGUGUGAGUCUGAACCGUCCACACCGGAUUCCUCCCACCUCUCUCCCUCUCUCUCUCUCUCUCUCUCUCGGGUGAACCCUGGUUAAGCUCCCGGGCAGGAGCCACUGCUGCCUCGGGCCUGGACGCGCUCCUCUCCCCGCCGACUGCUGCGGAGUCUCGCCCCCCCGGACUCGCGGAGGUGGAUCUGCUCCUCCAACAUGGACACGUUCACCGAUGUGCUGCUCGUCACCGCUAACGUGGGCUCGCUCUUCGACAAUUUGGGUGAAAUUCAAAGUGAAUGGUUACUAGAGCUGUACAAGACUGUCCACAGCUACAAGCCUCAGUUCAUCGCCCUGCACUUCCAGGAGGUGGGAGGGAAGGACUACAUGGUGAACAUGGGCCAUGCAGAAGACUUCUUCAGGAGCAUUGAGUCCCAUCAGGAAAUGAAAGACUACAACAGGGUGUGCAUCUAUGUGGACAACAAGUUCCAAGCAGAGGACGGCUUUACAGCUCUGGGCAGCAUGUACUUCAUCCACAAGACGCUGAAAGACAUCUAUCAAUAUGACUUUAAUGUUAAGGAUUUUAAACCGGUGUCAGGGCAGAGCAAGUACGUGGGCUCCCUGGACGGGGUCGCCACAGUGGAGAAAGAAAAAUUCCCAAAGAAUUUCUGGCCUGAUUUCAAGUGGUCCAGAAAGGGCUUCAUGAGGACCCGCUGGAUCAUCCACAACCAAGGUUUGGACCUGGUCAACGUCCACCUGUUCCAUGAUGCCUCCAACCUCACUGCCUGUGAAUCCAGUCCUUCCAUUUACUCAGCCAACCGCAAAAACGCUCUGAGAUACGUCAUCAACAGGAUAUCAGACAGCCGCUACUCUCCUCUGCCUUUCUUCCUGUUUGGAGAUUUUAACUUCCGUCUGGACACACUCAGUCUAGUCCAGCAUUUGUCCACUAAGGCAGAGGCUCAGACAGUGAAGAAGGACAGCAGCAAUGAAGUGGAGAAGAUCACCUGGGAGGAGAAAGACAAUGACCACCAGGUCUUGCUCCAAAUCAAGGAGAAGCAGUUUGCCUACCUGCACCAGGCCUAUUUCAGGGAGGACAACGUCCCGUCGCUUCUGAAAUAUGACAAGGAAGUCGCGGACUUUCAGGAUGUUAUUAGAGAAGAGGACAUCAAGUUUCCACCGAGCUACCCCUACAGUGAAGAGUACACUAAACCCACCCAGUACAUGACCACUCGCUGUCCUGCCUGGUGCGACCGUAUCCUCAUGUCACACACUGCCCAGGAAUUCAUCUGCAGGCGAGACGAUGGCGAGAGGGGCAUUGUUUACAACACACUGGGUCCUAACGUCUGUAUGGGAGACCAUAAGCCCGUUUUCCUCUUCUUCUCAUUGAAGACAAACGACCAUUGACUUGGAUCCUUGUCAAGGGUCCCAUCCUCGGAGCUCCUCCACACUGUCAAUACCUGAGGACUGUUCAGCAUGAUGGUUACCCACUAAAACCCACCCUUCAGCUGGCCACAGGGCUCGGUUCAGUCCCCCCUGUGCCCUCGGACACUCCACCCUCACAUCACCGGUGUGUCCGACCUGCUCUCACUGUCACAUCCUGUCCACCAGAGCUUAAGAGACUCGGAACACUGACCUAUCCUCAUCUGCUGUGAAUUUCUGAAGCAGUUUUUCAGAUUUUUCUCUUUCUCAGAAAUCCACCAACAUCAAAACCAAGUGACCCUAAGGAUGAAAAAUUCCUGCAGGUUUUCUUUUUUUAAUGGGAACCAAUCAUUGAUGUGAAGACUUGAAUGUGUGAGUCUGGACCGGGCCCUUUACAUGUAUGUGUACAUGUAAUAUAUUUAAAUAUUCCUAAAGGUGUGAGUAGAGUGAUUUUAGUUGUAUUUUUUUAAUUAUAUGCCUUUUUUAACUGGCAGUGUCAGAAAUCCCACAGCCAAUAUCACGAAUUUAGUCAUGUUCUUUGGCCCUUAAUACUGUAAUAAGUGUAAUUUAGUAAAUCCUCUCUGGCUUGUCAGUUGUAAAUUAGUGGUCAAAUUCAGCCAAUCAUAAUCCAGUGUUUUAAGAUUCAGAGUAAUUUACUAUUAUCGAGAAUCGUAAAAAACAUGGGACCAACAAUUGGAAAUAAUCAGCUCGACUGACCACAUGAUGUAUGCUUUUAUUCUGUAGUUGUCGCCAUUGUGAGUUCAGGUAUUUAAUGUGAUUUUUUUUUUUUUUUUUUAUCCAACACCAGCGGGAAAAACAACAGAGGAAUGUUAACUGAUGAUGUCUUCACUCAGAUGCCCCUGUUAGAUAAAACGCAGAGAGGAUUUCUCGAUGACAUGUUUUUCUAACACAGUUGAUUUAGCUCCUGAUAACAUUUUUUAAUCAUACGAUAAAACGUAUUUUAAAAAUUUCUCAGAAAAGUGUCAGAGGUUUUCAUUGGUGACCUUAUUCAGUCAGAGAGACAAUGAACCAACUAAAGCAGUUUAGUUCAUUUUAACCCAGAACCAGGAUCUUUUUACCCUGUUGAUUUUACAAUGAUGUCCAUUCUGUGCACCAACUGUACUUUCCUACUAAGUGCUUUAUUCCACAGCUACAAUCUCAGCAGUCCUCACAUUGUUUUUACUGUUCUCACUGAGUGUUGAAUAUUUUUUUCACAUUGUCACAGAAAACGACUUCUCUCUCUGCUCUGGUUGGCAUCGACCAUAUUUCAUUGCCAAAAGAAUUGAACUGUACAGGCCUCAUAUGUGAAGAUUAGGUGUGGAUGUGCGAGUCCCAAAUCCUGUUUAUAUACUAUAUAUAUAUAUAUAUAUAUAUAUAUAUAUAUAUAUAUAUACACUUAGCACCAGAGCUGUAGCAUAAUGUAUUUGUGAUGUGUGGCUUAUUGUUUUCUUUAUCUGGCCUUUAGGGAAUUUAAAACAUGUUUGUGGUUUGUUGCUCAUUCUGUUUUAGAUUUUUGUUGAGUGUUUUGUGAAAGUUAAUUUGUCAUAUACAUCUUAGUGGUAAACCAGCACUCCGUAUAGAUUCUUAGACAUCAGCUUCUUUUUUUUUUUCAUGCAUAAUGUCACAGAUAUUCAUAUUAGGUUUGGUCUGUCAGUCACGAUUGAAACGCUUACAUAAAAACAUCAAGGUCAGACUCUGUGAACCAAGUCAGUUUGUGUAGAUUGAAUUUAAGUAAUAAAUGUAGCAGUUCAUUUAUGGACCAGUCAUGGGAGUGGAGGUGGUUUUAAGGCCAGUAUUACCUUUUAAAUGAACCCUGGUCCAACACUACAUACUUACUUUUGUAAAUAAAAUAUUACCCUCACAAAAA